UUGGCUUCACAAGAUGGCGGCGCGCUGGGAGCGUAGCAUCUGCGUUUCUAGGCGCUUCGCUGUGUGAGUGGGUUAGGAUCCUGCAUUUGUGCGGGGCCCAGCCAUACACGCCGUCUGGCUCCUACACUGGCAUACGAGAUGGCUCUAAGCAAAUCAAUGCACGCAAGAAACAGAUACAAGGACAAGCCACCUGACUUCGCAUAUCUGGCAUCUAAAUAUCCAGAUUUUAAGCAGCAUAUUCAGAUAAAUCUGAAUGGGAGAGUAAGUCUUAAUUUCAAAGACCCUGAAGCAGUCAGAGCCCUAACUUGUACUCUUCUAAGAGAAGACUUUGGACUUUCUAUUGAUAUUCCUUUGGAGAGACUAAUUCCCACGGUUCCCUUGAGACUCAACUACAUUCACUGGGUAGAGGAUCUGAUUGGUCAUCAGGAUUCUGACAAAAGUACUCUCCGAAGAGGAAUUGACAUAGGUACUGGAGCAUCCUGCAUCUAUCCCUUACUUGGAGCAACCUUAAAUGGCUGGUAUUUUCUGGCAACAGAAGUAGAUGAUAUGUGCUUCAAUUAUGCCAAGAAAAACGUGGAACAGAAUAACCUCUCUGAUCUCAUUAAAGUGGUAAAAGUGCCACAGAAGACACUCCUAAUGGAUGCGCUUAAAGAAGAGUCUGAGAUCAUCUACGAUUUCUGCAUGUGCAACCCUCCUUUUUUUGCUAACGAGUUGGAAGCCCAGGGUGUAAACUCUCGGAAUUCUCGAAGACCUCCACCUAGUUCCGUAAAUACAGGAGGCAUCACGGAAAUCAUGGCAGAAGGAGGUGAACUAGAAUUUGUUAAAAGGAUAAUCCAUGACAGUUUAAAACUUAAAAAAAGAUUACGGUGGUAUAGCUGUAUGCUGGGGAAGAAAUGCAGUCUGGCUCCUCUGAAGGAAGAGCUCAGAAUCCAAGGGGUUCGUAAAGUCACCUUCACGGAGUUCUGUCAAGGCCGGACAAUGAGAUGGGCCUUAGCUUGGAGUUUUUAUGAUGAUGUCACAGUGCCGUCACCUCCAAGUAAACGAAGAAAAUUAGAAAAGCCACGGAAACCCAUUACAUUUGUGGUGUUGGAGUCUGUGAUGAAAGAAUUAUCCCUCAAAGCCUCGUCUUUGGGCUCUGAGACAGUAGAAGGCAUAGUAGUUGUGACAACAUGGAUAGAAAAAAUUCUCACUGAUCUGAAGGUUCAUCAUAAACGAAUUCCGUGUGGAAAAGAAGAAGUUAGCCUUUUCCUGACAGCUAUAGAAAACUCUUGGAUUCAUUUAAGGCGGAAGAAAAGAGAGCGAGUGAGACAACUGAGAGAGGUUCCCCGAGCUCCCGAGGACGUUAUCCUAGCCUUGGAGGAGAGAAAGUCCACUUCCCAAGAGCUGAGUGGUAGCCAGGACGUGGCUCCACGCUCCCAGAAGAGUGCCUUGUGUGGGCUUGCUGUACCAGAAGGCGAGUCUGCCACUGUUGGUGGCCAUCGCCUCAGCCAGGAGUCACUUUGCCAGGAGGAAACUCUAGAAGCCAUGGAGGAUGAAAGGAGUGAGGAAAGGGGAGGGAUGGAGACCAUGGAAAGUUGUAAAGGCUCUAGCAAUGGAGCCCAAGCCCGAGAGGCUUCUGAGAAGGCAGACGGCCUGGACGGAGCAGCUGCACGUUACCUGUUUAAGUGCCUGGUCAACAUUAAGAAGGAAGUAGAUGGCGCCGUAGUUGAAAUGCAUUGGGUUGAGGGCCAGAACAGGGAUUUGAUGAAUCAGCUUUGUACCUACAUACGUAACCAAAUGCUGAGGCUUGUUGGGGUAGUUAAUUCUUAAUUUCUUCUACGGUUAGAAAAGUGUCUGUAUAAAGCUAAGGAUAUGGUGCAAGUGUGUAGAAGGUAUCCUGGGUUGUGUCCCUAACAUCUAACAUCAGUACAAAAAAGUCUAUAAAGUAACUUUGGAAGCGGAGCCUAUUGGGAAGCCAGAGGAAUUUCACUACUGGUCCUUUAGUGACACCAUGUGGAAUCAUGUUACAAAGCAGAAAUUUAGUACACUUAUCCCAGUAUUUGAAGGCUGAGGCAGGGUGACUGCUCUGAGUUUAAGGUCAGCCUAUGCCAUAGAGAAAGACAUUUGUCUAAAUAAAAAGAAAAAAGCAGAAAUGAAUCCAUUUUUAACCCUUCCCCUCUUAAAGUGAUCUGGAGUUGUGUGUUUGGCACAGUGGCUCAGGAGGAGUUUAUCUGCUAGUGACUAUUGCUAGCAGAUAAACUCAGGAGGAUCUUGGAACCUCCUCCAGCAUUUCGUCUCAGCCUUGAACUCAUUCCCUGAGGCCAGAGGUAUUGUUUGUGACUGCUGCCUGGAAUGUGUCCUUCAGUAAGUAGGUGUUCUUCAAGACACUGCUUUCUUAGGGACCUGGAGUUGAUUGAGCCGGCCCUCAGGAAGGAGCUAGCCUGCUGAUAGGUGGCCAGAAUGUUAGGUGGAGAGAGGGCCAGUCUGGGAACACAUGGGAAGAGUGCAUUGCUCACUUGCUGUGCUUCUGACAUUGCCUAUUUCAGAGCAGAAUUGAGGAAGCAGAGUCGGAGAUGUGUACCUGUCCCCUCCUCCACUUCAAUGUUGUUCUUUGGUAAUGUGCUGCUUUUUAUUGACAUGUGAAAUGGAAUAUGUUUUGUUUUUAAUACAAGACUUCAGAAUUGAAAA